CGACGACGCAUCAGCAUGGCCCAGGAGAUGAACGAGGAACUCGGUCGCGUGCUGCGGGAGCGCGGAGUCAUCGGCGACGCCCUCGACAACGUCGAGCGCAAGACCAGGGUCAAGCGGGAGCAGCUCGUCUACGGCGUGGCGGGGAUCGUGUGCCUGCUGUUCAUGAUGAACGUGCUGGGCGCCAAGUCGGCGCUCAUCAUCUCGACGGUGUGGCCCAUGCUGGGAAGUAUCCGGGCCAUCGACCGCGCGGACGUGCUGGCGCUGCAGAAGUGGACCGCCUACUGGAUCGUGUAUGCCCUGGUCAACGUCUUAUUCAACUUCCUAUUCGUGGCCAUCUACCGCUACUUCAAGCGCGUCUACUUCGUCAAGAUGCUACUGCUCGCUUGGUGCGCGGCGCCCAUGCAGGGCAACGGUGCCAACAUGAUCUUCCAGAAGUUAUUCGCCGGCAAAAUCUUCAAGGAGGGCCCCGCCCCCGCUCCUGCUGCAGCCGCUCCACCGGCUGCCGCCGCCACCGCCCCCGCCGCUGGCGGAAAGAAGGAGUCGCCCGACACGAGCCGCAAGAUGCGAAAGUAGUGUUGCUCGUGAAUAAAGAUUCUUGUGCUU